CGAGCACUCUGCUCAUACAACGAGGCCUCGCUGAGUCCCUUUCUCUGCAUUAUGUCAUAAAGGAGCCCUGGAAUUCUCUCUGCUGCUGCUGUGUGGAGAAACAAAGAGCGAACUUUGAACUCUACUGGUCAGCUGCCUGGAGAUAAGGAAGGCAGCGGGGAGCGGGUUUAGAGAGGCCGUCACCUGCCACGCGACAAGCAGGACAACACGCUACACGUCAGCUGGAGACGCGGUUCUGUACCACACUGGAGGACCUACAGGAGAACUGGCAGUGUGUCCUCUGAGGUGUGACUGUAACCCCUAUACAGAAUACAUGGUAUACACCACUGGGGAACACAUCGAAGAUCUUGAGAGAAGGGAUGUAAAGAAAAGGAGUCCUAAAGGAGUGAUCAGUGAACGCCAUGCAGCUGAAUUCCCUGGCACAGCCAAACCCUACAGGAACAACCCCACCGUCCCAGAUCUGAGAACAGGAGGGGGACACACACCCCACACGGAGCCUGGAGCCCGUUGCCAUGGCGAUGACGGCCCUUUUCAGGGGCAAGUGGGGUCAAAAGUCACAGGAGCCCCCUGAGAAGCGGCCCACAACACCGGUGUACUCCAAUCACGAGGAGGAUGAGGAGGAUGACAGGGUCAUCACCCCCAUCCGCAGGAACUCCCGCUUCUACCGUUCCAUGAGGAAGAAGAGGCUGGCCUCGUCAGAACAACCUGAACGCCCUGCAGUCUCUCUGAGGCCUGGUCCAGAGCCCAGCCCAGCCAGCAGGUCAAGCAGCAGCUCCCUCAGUGUCCCUGAUCUCCAGAAACCUCCCCUAUCUCCCCGGGCACGACGUACGCCAACAUCUCCAUGUCCACUCCAUUCUGGAACUGCGUUGCCAAGCAACGGGGAGCCCAGGAGCCCACACACACUUUCUAGCGUGGCCUCUUCCCCUCUUUGGACGAGGAGAGGAGGAGGAGGAGGAGGAGGGAGGAAGAGUGCAGAUGCUUCUCCAGCUAGCGGUCAGUGUGGAGGGGGCUCCACUUCCUCCUCCUCCGUUCCUAGCGCUCCGUUGUACCGGGCGCACGGCAUAAACACACACACUGAAGACAUGGAGAGCCUCUCAGAACGCACCGCCGCCGCCUGCUCCGUACGGGAGCCCGGAGGGGACACACAGUCACCGCAACCAGCAGAGGAGGAGGUCGACAUAGAGGGAGUCAAACUCAGGUUGGUGAGCAACGGGGAAAGAAAGGGCUCAACACCAUUGAAAAUAGAAUCCAUCUGCUACAGUCUCAACAUUGUUAAGAAUAUUGCCUUCCUGUACCAGGAGUACCGGGACACAUCCAAGCAGCAGGAGAUCGAGCAGCGACGGCAGCAGGAUGGGUUGACCUCGGGGGUCAGCGCAGGGUUAGGGGUGACGUCCCCACCGGCCCUGCAGCUGCAACUGAGGAACAACUCCUGCUCUCUGAGUCUGUGGCAGAACCUGGAGGUUGUGCAGCAGAGCGGCCUGCUCACCCAGCUACUGCAGAGAGAGGUCAUCAUACAAGAGGCCAUGUUUGAGCUGGUGACCUCAGAGGCAUCCUACUACAAAAGUCUGGAGGUGCUGGAGACCCACUUCCUGAAGAACCCUGUGCUGGUCAAAACACUCAGCCAAUCAGACAUGCACUUCCUGUUCUCCAACAUCAAGGAGGUGAUGAAGGCCAGCGAGAGGUUCCUGAUGGACCUGGAGAACCGCAUCGAACAGUCGCUCCAGAUCUCAGAUGUGUGUGACAUUGUCCACCACCACGCCGUCAAGCACUUCCACGUCUUUAUCACCUAUGUCAUCAACCAGGUGUACCAGGAGAAGAACUACCGACGCAUUCUACAGGGAAACCAGUCGUUCCGCGAGACCAUGGUUCAGCUGGAGAACCAUCCGUGUGUCCGAGGCCUCUCCUUCACCUCUUUCCUCAUCCUCCCCUUCCAGAGGAUCACAAGACUCAAAAUGCUGGUCCAGAACAUUCUGAAGAAGGCGGAGGAGAAUUCCGAGAUGGAGGCCAAUGCUAUCAAGGCUCACCAGCAGCUGGAGCAGAUUGUGAAGGAGUGCAACGAGGGUGUGAGGAAGAUGAGUCGUACAGAGGAACUCAUCAGCAUUGAGAAAACACUGGAGUUCAAGUCUAAGUCGGUGCCGGUGAUCUCCCACUCCCGCUGGCUGCUGAAGAAGGGUGAGGUCCAGCAGAUGGCCGGGCCCAAGAGCACUAGGACCAUGCGGAGCAAGAAGCUCCACCACCCUGUCUACCUGUUCCUCUUCAACAACCUGCUGCUCAUCACCAAGCGCAGCUCCAGUGGUGAGAAGUUCCAGGUGCUGGACUCGUGCACGCGGGCCAUGCUGAGGACUGAGGACCUGGAAGACCAAGGUCAGAUGCUGGCCAACGUGUUCAACCUGAAACUCCUGGAGAACCAGGAGGAGAGGUCUGUCAACUACAUGCUCAAGACCUCCAGCAUGAGUGAUAAGCUGCGCUGGAUCUGUGCUCUCACGCCAAACCGCCGCACGCGAUUCAUGUCCACCAUCGACCAUCUACCAGCCUCUCUCCAGGUCCAGUGUAUUCAGUCGUACUCAUCUCAGGAGCCAGAUGAGCUGUCCAUUGAGAUGGCUGACGUGCUGAACAUCCUGGAGACGACAGACGAUGGCUGGAUGAUGGGUGAGAGGCUCCAUGAUGGAGAGAGUGGCUGGUUCCCCUGUCGGGUGGUAGAGGAGAUCCAGAACCAGGAAGUGCGGGCCCAGAACCUCAGGGAGUGCCAGAGGAUCCACCUGGCCCAGGGAGGGGGCGCUUCCUCAGGGGCCAGACUGGGCUCCCGGGGGGCCAGACGCACCCCCAAAACACCCAAAGUCUCCAACUUCUUCGGUACCUGGACUGACCAGUCAGAGGAGGGGCAGUGAAGCACAUAAUAUUCCACCCUGAAAGUGAUUGGUUGGAACCCCCUGGCAGCAAUCUUUACUGGACCACAUGGCUCAAAUGACAGAGAUCAUGUGAUUUGAGCAUGGGAUUGCAUUGGAGGAAAGUGACAUCAUGCAAUGACAUUAUUUCCUGUUAACUGUUUCCCCUUCUCAGGUGGUUUUGGUGUGCCAGGGUUUAGGGUCCCAGGCUGCAGGGUUUAGGGUUUAGGGUCCCAGGCUCCAGGGUUUAGGGCCCCAGGCACCAGCGUUUAGGGUCCCAGGCUCCCUCGAUGGGUCCUACGAUCAGAGCACUUCUUCCAUAACUCCAACACACUGCAUGUCUUACACUACUUCAAGUGGAAUGAUUCAGCACUAACAGUCUAACUGUAAAACAAGGCUCCAGUAGAAUAGGAGCUAUGCAUGUGAUGGGAGAAGAAACAGUUUAAGGGGAUGGUAGCAUGUGAAUGUAUUGUAACCUUGCCUCAACUGCAUGGGUGUGUUUUUGUUCUUUCAUUUUUUUUAAGCGCUUCUUUGCUAGAGAGUUAAAUCCCCCAGAACAAUGGCUUGACGAUCCACCCUUUUGUAAAGAGCAACUCCUCUAUUGAAACCAUACAAGAAGCAAGUUUUAAAAACAGGCCACCGGCAUUGAAUGGAAAUUAACCGGGAAUGUUUCAUGAUUCUGUACGGUAAAUAGAACAAUCACAUGACAGAGUGCUCAGUAUUGGGCUGGAGGUAAUCGACUGGAGAAGACGAGCACUACAGAAUCACAGGCCUUGCUUACAGAGUGGACAUGUGUUCUGGGGGUCAGUUCCCUCGCCAAUACUGAUAUGCCACUUACACAUGCACGCACACUGACAUACGCACACACACACACAAUCUUGGGGAAAUCCUGCACAACCUGUCCAACACCAAAAACGCUCCACGGACACCUGGUCCUGAAGCAUCUGCACAGAAAGUGCCAGCACACUGACAGCACUGCAAUGGCAUGCGAGUGACAAAAUGUUUGUGUGUAUGAUGAGUAUGUGUACGUGUGUAUAUUGUAAGCCUUGAAUGUUCAGUAUGUAAUGAAAUAAUUACUGAAUAAUUGUGUAAUUUCAUUAUGUAAGAAGUAAUUUAUUGUUAAUAAAAACUAAAUCUGAAAUUCAAAUGGAAA